AUGGUCAUAAAAACCACGUAUUUCCUUCUUGGAGAAGCCAAAACCAGAGAGAGAGAUUCAGAUAUCUUCCCUUAUGCCAAGAAUCUAGUUUCUCCCUCUAUUUCUCCCAUCUCAGCCCUCGAAUCUUUUCUCAACGAUUAAUUCAACUCCAGGUUUCCUCAAUUUAUAGGCUGUAAUUUGUGCUUUAUUUGGAGUGUUUUCUGUAUAUAUUGUUUUUUUUACUUCUGGGAUUGUAAUUUUAUAGGUUUUCUAGCUGUUCAUAUUUCUUAUUUCGGGUUAUAAAAUACUGGGAUUGAUGGGUCAUGUUUAAUUUGGCUUGAGAGCAACAAUUAUGGUGGUUUCUUUUUAAUCAAGCUUGGGGUUUUUGUUUUUGAAGUCUGUUAUAUUCUUUCCUUUAAGCGGUUGCUAGAAUAUUCCAGAACAUUAUAGCUAUCCGUAGGUAUUGUUAAUUAGGUAAGGCUCAUUAGAGGUUGAAUUAGGGAAGGUUGGAUUAGAAUUGCGUUUCUUCAAGAGGUGAAUAGGUCUGUGUAAUUUGGUUUAUUGAAUUAGAAUUGUACUUGGGCUGAGCUGUAUUUUCUUGGCAACCAUGGCGGACUCGAUUGCAGCAACAUCUCUCCUUGGGUAUAGACCCCUGUGCAGGGGAUUUUCUGUCAAGAAUUCUUCUUACAGAAGGAAAUCUUCAAAUUUGAGUAACUGUCGCUUCUUAGGAUCAGAAUUUAUGGGUAGAAAGAUUGUUUGUUUAUCUCCAAGAUUGAAAGAUGAUAGGUAUGUGAAUACAUUAAUUAAGGCCCUUGCAAUGGGAUUAACAAAAGAGGCAUAUUCAUAUAGAGAGGAGAAAAGAAUACCACGCACUUGGAGUUAUCAACCUGACAAUGGUGCUGAUCGAAAACCAGGUCUAUGGCCGCCAGAAAAUAGAGCAGAUAACCCUUCACUGCACAACCCUUUGCUUCGACAAGAAAGGAUGGGUUGUGGCUGGUUGGGUGCCAUAUUUGAGUGGGAGGGUGUCAUCAUUGAGGAUAAUCCUGAUCUUGAGAAGCAAGCCUGGCUUGCUCUUUCACAAGAAGAAGGUAAAUCCCCUCCUCCAGCUUUCAUUUUAAGACGAAUAGAAGGGAUGAAGAACGAACAAGCAAUUUCUGAAGUUCUGUGUUGGUCAAGAGAGCCAGCAGAACUGAGAAGAAUGGCCAAUAGGAAGGAAGAAAUUUACCAAGCUAUGCAAGGUGGUAUAUAUAGAUUACGGUCUGGCUCGAAGGAGUUUGUGAAUGUUUUGAUGCAUUACAAAAUACCAAUGGCAUUGAUAUCCACACGCCCUAGGAAGACUCUUGAGACUGCGAUUGGAAGCAUUGGGAUUGAGGGGUAUUUUACUGCCAUUGUAGCGGCAGAAGAUGUUUACAGGGGGAAGCCUGACCCAGAGAUGUUUGUUUAUGCAGCACAGCUUCUAAAAUUUAUUCCAGAACGUUGUAUUGUGUUUGGGAACUCCAAUCAGACUGUGGAGGCUGCCCACGAUGCUCGGAUGAAGUGUGUGGCUGUUGCUAGCAAGCAUCCCAUGUAUGAGCUCAGCGCUGCAGACUUGGUGGUGAGGCAUUUAGAUGAGCUUUCAAUUGUUGAUCUCAAGAAUCUUGCUGAUAUUGAAUCACCAGAAUUUGGUUCCCUUGAACCAGAGAUGGAGUUGGAGGAGGAUGAGGAUCGGUCUACUGGUGUGGGAGUUGAUGAUAUUUUCUGGUGACUCCUAUGAAUUGUACAGUUUGCUUAGCACUUUAUUAAUUUCUUGUUGGACGUUAGUCCUAUAUGUCUCUUGUAACAUCAUUGAAAACCAUUAGCCCUUGUGUUUUAGGGGCAAACAAGGUUAGGAAAAAACUGAAAGGGAGGGGGGGAAAAACAAAGAAAGAAAAGUAGUCUGCAUUGGACUACCUCAGUAUUAUCAUGUACUUAUUAUAAUCUGUACCAUAUAUAUAAUUGUCUUUGGAUAAUUUA